AUGGCUCAGCUCUUUCAGAAAGAUCCCCGCAAUACCGGUCUCUUCAUCGGUGGUGAGCGUCUCUCCGGCGCCGAGAUCCGCAACCAGAAUGUCCUAGCAGCUCAGUCGAUUGCCAACAUCGUCAAGUCCUCGCUCGGUCCCGUCGGUCUCGACAAGAUGUUGGUCGACGACAUUGGCGAUGUCACCAUCUCCAACGACGGCGCUACCAUCCUCUCGCUCCUCGAAGUCGACCAGCCUGCAGGACGCAUUCUUGUAGAGUUAGCACAGCAGCAGGAUAAGGAGGUCGGUGAUGGCACAACCUCAGUCGUCAUCAUUGCUGCAGAACUCCUUCGCAGAGCUAACGAGCUUGUGAAGAACAAGAUCCACCCUACCACCAUCAUCACCGGUUACCGUCUCGCAUGUCGAGAGGCUUGCAAGUACCUCCAAGGUCAGCUUUCCACCAAGGUCGAGACGCUCGGCAAGGAAUCGCUCAUCAACGUCGCCAAGACCUCCAUGUCGAGCAAGAUCAUCGGCGCCGAUGACGACUUUUUUGCAAAGAUUGCCGUCGAUGCUAUGCUUGCAGUCAAGACCAUCAAUCCUCGUGGCGAGACAAAAUACCCCGUCAAGGCGGUCAACGUUCUCAAAGCACACGGCAAGUCGGCACGAGAGUCGCUUUACAUCCAAGGAUAUGCGCUCAACUGCACCGUUGCCUCGCAAGCCAUGAAGACACACAUCAAAAACGCCAAGAUUGCCCUGCUCGACAUCAACCUCGUUAAGCAACGCAUGCACCUCGGCGUUCACAUUACCAUCGACGACCCUGACCAACUCGAAAAGAUCCGUGCUCGCGAGAGUGAGAUCGUUCUCGAGCGUGUUCGCAAGAUCCUUGCUACCGGUGCCAAUGUCAUUUUGACCACCAAAGGUAUCGACGAUCUUUGCUUGAAGGAGUUUGUCGAGGCAGGUGCAAUGGCCGUGAGACGAUGCCGCAAGGAGGACCUCCGCAGAAUCGCCAAGGCUACUGGUGGUCAGCUUGUCAGCAGCUUGAGCAACCUCGAAGGUGAAGAGACCUUCGAGGCAAGCAGUCUCGGAACUGCCGAUACAGUCUCCCAGGAGCGCAUCAGCGAUGACGAACUGAUCAUCAUCAAGGGUACCAAGACCGUCAGCUCGAGCUCGAUCGUCCUUCGUGGUGCCAACGACUACCUUCUCGACGAGAUGGAGCGUGCGCUGCACGACAGUCUUUGCGUUAUCAAGCGUACACUCGAGAGUGGUUCCGUUGUUCCUGGUGGAGGUGCUGUCGAGUCCGCUCUCAGCAUUUACCUCGACAACUUUGCCACUACCUUGGGCAGCCGAGAGCAGCUCGCCAUCGCCGAGUUCGCCCAGGCUCUUCUUGUCAUCCCCAAGACUCUUGCUGUCAACGCUGCCAAGGACAGCACCGAUUUGGUCGCCAAGCUUCGUGCCUACCACAAUGCAGCACAGAACGCCAACACCGGCGACCCCAAGAAGGCACUCCGUUUCUACGGUCUCGACUUGCUCAACGGUCAGGUGAGGGACAACUUGAAAGCAGGUGUGCUCGAACCAACAAUCAGCAAAGUCAGGAGUUUCAAGUCGGCUCUGGAAGCAGCUACUAGCUUGUUGAGAAUCGACGAUGCUAUUACCAUUGCACCUGAGCAGCCUCCUGAGGAUCCUCAUGCGCACAUGUAA